AUGGGAGAUGCUGAGGAGGACAUUGCUGUUGUCGGCAUUGGCUGUAAUUUCCCAGGAGGAGAGGGGCUUGACAAUUUCUGGAAGGUUCUGUUGGAGGGGAAGAACUGUGCUUUACAGAUUCCUGAUGAAAGGUUUGUCUCUUCCCACUGGUAUGACCCCAAUGACAACAAAGUUGGAAAGUCGCGCACAGCUAAGGCUGCAUUCAUGGAUGGGUUUAAUGAGUUUGAUCACAAAUUCUUUGGCAUCACUGAAACAGAAGUGGAACAAAUGGACCCCCAGCAAAAACUCCUUCUUCAGUGUGCAUACAGGGCUCUGGAGAAUGCUGGGAUGCCAAUGGAGAAGGCCAGUGGGACCAAGACAGGAGUAUUUAUAGGGCUUAUGAACAGAGAUUAUGAACAAUCUGUUGGAUUUAUGAACCCAAAUUUAAUCAACCACUGCACCGGUACCGGACUUUCUAUGAGUAUAGCAGCCAACAGAGUCUCAUACAUCUUCAACUUCACUGGACCCUCACUCUCCAUUGACUGUGCCUGCUCUUCAUCCCUUGUGGCUCUUCAUUUAGCUUGUCAAGCCAUAAGACAAGGUGACUGCGAGAUGGCUCUUUGUGGUGGCGUCAAUUCUAUCAUACAGCCGCUAGCCUUUGUCGCGCUCAGCAAGGCAAAGAUGAUUUCACCUGAAGGCACCAGCAAACCUUUCUCCAGCAGAGCAGAUGGCUAUGGCAGAGGAGAGGGCUGUGGGAUUAUUCUGCUGAAGCCACUAAAAAAAGCUCUCAAGGAGAAUUACCAUGUAUGGGGCAUCAUAAGCAACACUGCUGUUAACCAAGAUGGCCGCACAGUCACUCCAAUCACCAAGCCAUCCAUGGUCCAGCAAGAGGAGCUGCUGCGUGGAAUCUAUUCACAGUCUGACCUGUUAUCGGUCCAGUACAUAGAGGCUCAUGGGACUGGAACUCCAGUGGGAGAUCCCAUAGAAGCAGGCAGCAUCUCCAAAGUCAUUGCCAAAGCCAGACCUCCAGGUUCAGAGACACUCCUCAUCGGCUCUGUGAAAGGCAACAUCGGACACACAGAAUCUGCAGCUGGAGUGGCAGGUCUAAUCAAGGUACUCCUAAUGAUGAAACAUGAAACCAUUGUCCCUUCACUGUUCUACUCUGAGGACAGUUCCAGUAUAGAUGCUAAAGCUUUAAAUGUAAAGAUUCCUACUAAAGCAGAAAAGUGGAGAGAUUCUAUUGUAAGAGUUGCAGGAAUAAACAAUUUUGGUUUUGGAGGAACAAAUGCACAUGCUAUUGUCAAACAACACAAGCAGUCAAAUGUUCCUCAAAAAAGUGGUAGGAAAUCACACAAUUUAUUUGUCCUCUCUGCCAGUUCUGAAAAGUCUAUGAGUAUGAUGAUGGAGGACACAAUUCAACAGAUAGACAGAGACAACAAAGGUGAUCUAGAAGCUCUUGCGUACACAUCUGCAUGUAGAAGAAGCCACUUGAAACAUCGAUAUCGGAAAGCAUUCAGAGCUCCCUCUCUGGCUGACCUUAAAGAUCAACUCACAUCUGCCAUGAAUAAGGUAACAACGCCAUCUUACUCAGAUCCCAGGCUAGUAUUUGUCUUCUGUGGGAACGGUGUAACCUAUCAAGGCAUGUGCCAGCAGCUCUUGAAACAUGAGCUUGUGUUCAGAGAGAAGAUCAGCCAAAUUGAGAAGCUUUUCCAGAAGUUCAAUAACAUGAGUAUCAUAGAGAGACUUGAGAGUGAAUCAGAGAGUAAAGAUCUUUCAAACCCAGAUGUUGUCCAGCCCCUCCUCUUUGCCACUCAGGUUGGCAUAGCCAGUCUCUUCAAGCACUGGGGCAUCAAACCUGAUGCCAUUCUUGGCCACUCUAUAGGAGAGGUUGCUGCUGCCCACUGCUCUGGUCUGUUGUCCCUUGAGGAUGCAGUGAAGGUGAUCUACUUCCGCAGUACUCUGCAGAAUACGGUCACAGGAGGGAAAAUGCUUGUGGUCAGUAACAUGGUCGUAUCAGAGGUCUUGAACCUCCUUCCCUCUUACUCAAAUAAGAUUUCCUUGGCUGCCUUCAACAGCCCGCAGUCCUGCACGCUCUCAGGUGAUGCAGAGGCUAUAGACAGUCUCCAUCGAAAGCUGAGCAGCUCAGUCAAGAGUAAGAAUCUGUUCCUCCAUGUUUUGGAUGUCCCUGCUGCAUACCACAGCCAGAUGAUGGAUCCCAUCCUGUCUCAACUAGAGGACAGUAUUGGCUCUUUACAAGUCAAUGAUGUUGAGACAGAAUUGUUCUCCACAGUAACAGGAAAGGAGGUAGAGCAGCCAGACUUCAGCACAGGCAAAUACUGGGCCAGGAACAUACGAGAGACAGUUUCAUUUGAACAGGCAGUGAGAUCUGCAACCAAAGGGAAAAAGAAUGUAGUCUUUGUGGAGAUUGGCCCUAGAAGGGCUCUACAAAGAAACAUCCAGGAGACUCUUGGAAAUGACACCAUGGUUCUGUCCUCAGUGCAGCCAGAUAAAGAUCAUGAGACAAUGCUGAAUACUGUGUCCAAACUGUUUGAGUUGGGGGUUCAGGUAGACUGGGAUCAGUUCUACAGAGGCCGUGAGGCUUCACCAACAUCUUUCCCAAGGUAUCAGUUUGAUUCUACUCGGAGAGAUGUUAUCAUGUCUGCAUCAAAGAUACAUCAUACAUCAGGUAAUCAUCCUGUGCUAACUCAUACAGCUAGCGAUAGCAAUACCUUCAGUUGUGAUCUGUCUUCUGACUCAGUAUCCUACCUGCAUGAGCAUAAACACAAUGGUGUUGCCAUAAUCCCUGGUGCCUUCUAUACUGAGUUGGGUUUGGCUGCCUUCAUGGCCAGUGCCAAACCAAAGGUUCCACUCAACACACUGCAAGUCAGUAUCAGUUUUCAGAGUCCCUAUGUUUUCACACAGAAUGCACCAGAGAUGAAAGUGCAACUUGAACCAGCAGUGGAUGAGACCCAUUUUAAGAUAUAUUCUCCCUCCACAAACCAUGCAUCAGGCACAAUAACGUGCAAGCGAGGACAGCUAGCUGAAGAACAGAACAUUUCGCUAAGCUCUAUCUACAAAAGAUGCAAUUCAGUGUUGAAUUCUGAAAAGUUCUACACUGAAAUUGCUCUGGGUGGGUUUCAGUAUGGCACUGUUUUCCAGAACACGGGGGAUAUACACUAUGGUAAAGAGUUUAAGGAGGCUUUUUCAGUUGUCACAGUUCCAGAAGAAUUGCUGUCUCAGUUGCAUGAAUACUGCAUUCACCCCGUAGUGUUAGACUUCCUGAUGCAACUUGCUCCUGUUACAGUAGCAUAUGGACUCUCUUCAAGGCCCAGGUUUCCUGUCAAAAUAGGCAGCUUGACAGUGUUUGAACCUCUGCAAGAGGAAAUGAUUGUGUAUCUGAAAGCAAUUGAUGAAGGUGUUGAUCACUAUGAAGUAUGUGGUUGCUUUACAGACAAAGAGGGAAGAGUUUUGGUUGAGCUUAAGCAUGUGGUGAUUAAAUAUCUUGGGAGCCGCUCUCAUGUUGUGGAAGAAUACUUCUUCCACAAUGAAUUCAAUGUCUGUGAGGAUAUCAUCUCCUCUAAUACCAGCGAGGCACCAAAGGCCUUGGUAUUUUCCGACCAGGUAGGCCUUCCAAAAGCCAUGCAACCACACUUAAGUUCACAGUCUAGAUACAUCUCCUUCACACAAUCUAAGGAGGUCUUGAGCCAUGGAUUUCCUACACUCCUGGCAAACCUUAAUAUCACAGAUCUCAACAAACACUUCCAGGAAGUCUUAUUUGUGUGGGGUCAGGAAGAUGUUACUUCACUGAGAACUGAGUAUGUUCUGGAGAGUAUGAUAAGCUGCUGUGAGAUGCUCAGGAAAAUUGUCCUGUCAUUGAGGGCCAUGCAAUUUACAAAUUCCAUCAGAGUAAUAACCUACCGGUCGGCGGAGGACACGGUGGACCACAUCAGCGCAGGCUUUGUCCUGUCAGGCAUGACUAGAUCGUGUGCUGCAGAAAUGGAAAAGCUUUCCUUCCAGCUGAUUGACAUCAACUCUGUCUCUACAGAAGACAUCAUAGCUCUGUCUCAGGUCUUAAAGUCAUACCCUUGCAAAAGUUACCCAGAGUUGGUUGUGAAAGGUGGGCUGAUUUUGAAACCUGAUAUUGUACAUACUCCCAUUGGAAGCAUUGAGAGCACUGAGGGAAGGAUUUUCUCUUCAAUGACUGAGCCAUGCAUCUUUCAGACAAAUGACCCCUGCAGAAUGACUAGCUUGUCUGCCAUUCCUUGUGAUGCUGACAAUACAAACAUCCAUAAGAAAUCAGUUAAGAUUCAGCUCAGUAAGAUAGGCGUUCAUUCCUCAGACUACUAUCCUGUCAGUGUCUCUGAGCUGAACUAUGGUCAGACAAUGUACUGGAACAAUCACACAUCUCAGAACCACCAGCUUCUGGCUCUUGACUUCAGUGGUACUGUCACAGCUGUAGGGAAAGAUGUGAACACACUGAAAGUGGGAGAUGAUGUAGUAUCAUGUUAUCCCAUUGCUGCAUCUUCUAAGAUUGUGAUUCCUGAAGCAGCAUGCUACAAGACAAAGAGGCUCACAUUUCUGAAGGAGGCUCCUUGUGUGUCCUACUUUGUUCUGGCAUGGGAGAUAUGGCACAGACUGUUACCUACCAUCAAACAACGGAGGAGGUUGAGCAUCAUCUCCUCUGUUCCUGACUCUAGUCUGCUGAAGGUCCUAAUCCAGACAGCAAACAAAUCAAGAUGGAAUGCCAUUGUAGGGACACAGUGCAGUGGAAUGUUUGCUGAUGCAAUUCUCCUCCUUCCACCAUUUGAUAAAUCUCUGUUGGCAGAAGUCAGCAAUUGUCCUGAUGUCAGACAUGUUGUCAUUGUCUGUGAAUCCCAGUCCCACCGCUUGCUUGAACAGAGUGUUUUCCUGAAUGUUAAUGAUAGUGUUCACAUCCAGACUCUUCAGAUGUCCAGCAUCUUACAAAAGGGAUCACUCAUUGCCAAGAGGCCACAGAUUUAUAAUUGGCUAAAGUCCAUGCAUUUGGGAAUUUCUCUAGAGACCUCUACCUUACAGAGAAUGUCAUCCGGUAGCAUUGACUUCCUGUCUGUUGAGUCGUACUUCAGCUCAAAGACCCUGUCUGUUGUGGCGCUGGGUAAAGAUGAUUCCAAAGGCACACUGUCCAACAUUCAGUUGCUGCCUAAACCAACCCAGCUAUUCCAGAAGAAGUCUGUGUACAUUGUCACAGGUGGUCUCUCUGGGCUGGGGUUUGAAACAGUGAAGUUCCUUGCUCAGAAAGGUGGAGAGUACAUCGUCAUACUCUCCAGAAGUAGCCCCACACCAGACAUACAGCAGGAGAUAGUCAUUCUGGAGAGACAAUGGAGUGCCUGUAUUGUAUGGAUGGGAUGUGAUGUCUCUGUUUCUGAGCAUGUGCUCAGAGUGAUUGGUCUCAUUGGUCAGAAGUUUCCCUCUUGUCCAAUCAAAGGGGUGUUUCACAGUGCAGUCGUCCUGCAUGAUGGAUUGAUUGAAAACCUUGACAAAUCCCACUUUGAGAAAGUCCUAAAGCCCAAGGUGAAUGGAGCCCUGAAUCUGCACCACGCCACAAAACACUGCAAGUUAGACUACUUUGUGUGCUACUCUUCCAUCUCUUCUUUCCUUGGCAAUGCCUCACAAACAAACUAUGCAGCAGCUAAUUCAUUCCUGGACUACUUCUGUCACUAUAGACGGAAUAUUGGACUAUCUGGGCAAUCCAUCAACUGGGGAGCUUUGAACCUUGGUCUCCUGCUUAACAAGGAUCAUUUACACAGGUUUCUGGAGACAAGGGGAUUGAUGGUGAUGGAUGUUACAGAGAUUCAUGAGAGUUUGGAACAAUGCCUCUUGCUAAACAAACCCCAACAGGUUGUAUGUAGGUUUCACAUCAAGAACAUGAUGAGCAAUGUUCUCUCUCAAAAUGCAUCAUUGACCGUGCGUAUAACUGCGUUAGUGGAUGAGGCAGUGCAAAAACUCAAAUUCCAAAAGUCACAGUCUGAACAUACUUCUGUGUCAUCUUCCCCAAGUGAAUACAUCAGGUCUGUACUCAGUCAAACAAUUGGUGUUGACAAGCAUGAGUUAGAUGACGAUUCUCCUCUCUCUGCCUUAGGCAUCGACUCAAUGCUAGCCAUGACCCUGCAGAACCUCAUCUUUCAGGAUAGGGGUGUGAAUGUGCCUCUGGUUACAUUGCUGGACCCCAAUAGGACACUGUCUACAUUGGUAUCAAUGCUGAUGGAGAGUACUGAGGGUGAAUCUGAGAAUGAUGAUCAGAAAGAGGACAUGAUAGAUGACAUGUUGACAAGACUAUAGAGAUUCCAAUUGAACAUUUAUAAUUGAAAAUGAACAUGUAGAUAUUGGAUUUUCUAAUCAUAUUUAUAUGUUUGAUCAGACAAGAGGUAGUUUCCUGGAUUGGAGGGCCUGAAAGAGGUAGUUACCUGGAUGUGAGGGGCUGAAAGAGGUAGUUUCCUGGAUUGGAGGGGCUGAAAGAGGUAGUUUCCUGGAUGGGAGGGGUCAUUGAGGAUUUUUUUGUUGCACGUUUGGAGGUGCGCUUGGUGGACAGAGAGCUCACACCAGUCUAUGGCUAUCUCUGUGUUUUUUUUGUGUAGGUGUUGAGCAUUAGAAUUUAAUGUAUUGAAGGCCGAGCUAAAGUCAAUGAACAAGAUGCUUGCGUAGGUGUUAGGUGUCUCCAGGCGUUGCAAUGUGUGGCAGAAUGCCAGGAUGACAGCAUCUUCGACAGACCUACUAGCUCUGUAGGCAAACUAGAGUUGAUCCGUCAAUGGUUUUAGGUAGGACUAGGCGUUCAAAUGCUUUCAUGGCCACAGAAGUCAGGUCGACGGGUCUGAAGUGGUUGAGGCAGGUUGUCUAUGCGCUUGUUUCCUCAAACUGCUCAUAAAACUCAUUAAGCUUGUGCUUAAUUGUGCUUGUGCUUCCAGUUGUUUUGUCCUUCCUUGCAGAGCGCAGUUCAAAUUUGGUUGAUUUAGUAUUUUUCUUGAUAUCCAUUGAUGUAGGCAGAGUUAUUUUCCCUACAUAGUAAAGCUAGUUAUUUUGAGAACCAGGGCAUGCUGUUGCCGUAUGAUGUCAUGAUUUUGUGGAGAUAUUCAGGGCAUGUGACAAAUAAAAUUUGAUUUGAUACCCGUCUCUACACAGAACCGGAUGCAUGGCGUCACAGUGUCUGUGCACUCAUCGAGUGUGGUACACAUUGUACAUUCAAAACAGCCCUUCAGAGAUUCAACGGAAUCUGUGGACCAUAUUUGAACCGUUUCGGACUUUGGUUUGAUAAUUUUGAGUUUUUGUUUUUGUUUAUACAAAUGAGGAGCAGCAUCGCAAGGUCAGAUUCUUAAAGGGGAGCUCUAGGGAAUGCAUGGUAAGCAGAUGAGAUUGAACUGUAUCAGUGCUCUAGAAUGGUAUCUUCUCUUGUGGGGCAUGUCACCAGUUGUUCAUAGUUAGGUAACUCGUGGGACAGGUUGAAGUGGUUAAAAUCACCGGCAGCACAUUUUGUGUUGGAGUCGGGUGAGAUCUUUCCACUGUGGAAAUGUGAUGUGCUAGUUAGCUGAUGGUAUUGCUGGCGUUAGCUUGCGGUGGGAUGUAAUCACCGGCAGCACAUUUUGUGUUGGAGUCGGGUGAGAUCUUUCCACUGUGGAAAUGUGAUGUGCUAGUUAGCUGAUGGUAUUGCUGGCGUUAGCUUGCGGUGGGAUGUAAUCACCGGUUAGCACAAUUGUCUCAAAUUCCCUUGGUAGAAUGGUCUGCAGUUCAUAGUUAGGAAUUCAAGGUCAGGGGAGCAUGGUUGAUGUAGUACUGUGGAGUUGGUACACCAGCGCUGAUUAAUCAUGAAUCAGAUACAACUGCCUUUUGAUUUUUGAGAACUUGAAUGAGCUGUCGGAUGGUAAAAUCCAGGAGCGAAUACGGCCGAGUUUGUAACAGAUAUUGGUCCAGACAUGUCUCGAUCAGACACAUGAUUCUCUGGAAUCUCUCAUAGUUUGGAUCAAAAGCAGAAGUUCAUUUUCUAUUCCUGAGUGAACGAACAUCGAUAGCAGCAAGGCAGGCAGAGGGGGCCAGUAGAGACAUCCUGAACCGAGAUAGUAUGCCGGCUCGCCUUCCAUGUCUGGAUGUAUUCCCACCUGUAGCAGUGACUGCCCAGGUAUGUUUUUAGUCAGUAAUCCCACAGGUAAAGAAAGAUGCUGUGGACCAAAGACUCCAUACUAUUUCUCCCUGCUGUUUAGAAGAUCCAAGCAACUAUAUUUGUGUAAACAUUAUGAUUAUAUUUCUGUAAUAAUAUUUGUUAAAGGUGUUAUGCAAUAUUUUGCCAUUAUUACAAAAUCAACUUUUUAAAAUGUUUGAACAUGAUGUUUUUACACUUUUUAAAAAUAGUGUAAAAAUCUGUUAGGAUAUUACUCUAUUCUUAUAUUAAUCUUAAAAACAGGUACUAAUCUGUAAUGUAUUUCUUCUGUAAAAAAAAUUAUAAAAUGAUUUCAAAUGAACCAGUUUAAAGUCACUUUUAACUUUUAAUUAAUUUAUGAGUUAACAUUGUUCUUGUUGUUAUUAGUGGCUCAAGCAGCAAAGAUGGGGGAAACACUAUUGUAUUUGAUUGUUAUUUGGGUGAAACCCUAUUGUAUUUGAUUGUUAUUUGGGUGAAACCCUAUUGUAUUUGAUUGUUAUUUGGGUGAAACCCUAUUGUAUUUGA